AUGGUACCCUACUCUUGUAAUAGGUGUGGACACUGCAAGAGACUUGCUCCAGAGUAUGAAAAAGCAGCCUCCUUGUUGAGCAGUCAUGACCCUCCCAUAACACUUGCAAAAAUUGAUUUGAGUGAUAAAGUAAACAGCGAAAUUGCUACCAAAUUUAAGAUCCAGAUCUUACGCAGUGGAGGAAAUGCUAUUCAAGAAUACAAAGGUCCUCGUGAAGCAGAUGGUUUAGUUGCUUAUUUGAAAAAACAAGCUGGUCCCUCGUCAGCUGAAAUCAAGUCAAGGGAAGAUUCUGCAAACCUUAUAGAUGAGAAAAGACUCUUUGUUGCUGGUGUGUUUCCAGUAUUCUCUGGGCAAAGUUUCCAGAACUUCUCAAUUGUAGCUGAAAAACUACGAGCUGACUAUGAUUUUGGUCACACCCUUGAUGCCAAACUCCUCCCACACGGUGGACCAGUUGACAAGCCAACACUCCGGCUACUUAAGCCAUUUGAUGAGUUGUUUGCAGACUUCCAGGAGUUCCAAGUUGAUCAAUUGGAGAAAUUCAUUGAAGAAGCUAGUAUCCCUACUGUGACUAUUUUUGGCAAAAACGAAGAAAAUCGUCGUUUUGUUGAAAAGUUUUUCUACAGUCCCAACACUCUAAGCCGUGACUUUGAUGCUUUCAAAUCAAAAUACCAUGAGGUUGCAUCAGGUUAUGAGAGAAAGGAAAUAAGCUUUCUUUUGGGAGAUACUGAGACCGAUGUUGGUGUGCUUAAGGUGGUUGUUCAUUCAUUUUCUAAUUUUUCUACUUAA